AUGCAGUUUCUUCAAGAUUUCGACAUGAAUGGAUCUGGAUUCCAGUUCAUGUUUCAGACACCUAACGACAAGCCUCCUUCAACAGCGUCUGAAGCGACCGAUGGCUCCUGGAAUCGGAUAUAUCCGCUACUAGACGGGCAUGAAAAUCUUCAUCUAGAAACACUUGGCCUCAGCGGAGAUAUGGAUCCUUAUUUGCUGCAGCGGUAUCAGACUGAUGAGAAUGGCACCUUCAAGUUCAAGCAGCUAGCCAUACGAUCGGUCAAUGAUAAUCCGCCUGUCCAGUUUCUCAUCUCUCAACAAUCAUUAUUCACACAUAGUCGGCGAGAAGCAGGACAUUUACCUUCACCGACGGUAGACCUCAGAAGGGAACUGGAAAAGAUCAUUACCCAAGGCAUGGGAAAGAGAUUGAUAGAUCUUUACAUGAGGUUCAUCGCACCGCACUACCCAAUCUUCUCGGCCGACUCUCUUCCGGAUCCAGCAACCAGCGCACCUGGUCUUCUGGCGGCGAUAUACUCCAUAUCUUCACCAUUCGCAAUGUACGACGACCAGCUCUGCAUCGACAUGGCCUAUGACUCACCCGAUCCCAAAGAUCUUGCUGGACUGAUAAAUACGGCCGUUGCAUCAGAUAUCCAUUCUCCAACUCUCGCUACCGUGCAGGCUCUUUUCUUGGUCGUUGCUAAGUCUUCCUCCAACCCUCUGGUUUCCGAUGCCUCGUAUCGCUGGACUACCAUGGGGAUGUUGGCAUCGGCGGCCGUAAACAUUGGUCUUCAUCUUGACCCAAGUUCCUGGAAUAUUCCACUAGAUCAAUCACGCGCGAGACGAAGGUUGUCAUUCUUCAUCUUCGCGCUUGAUAAGUGGCUAGCAGCAGCACUUGGACGACCACCUCAUAUUCAUAGGUCGAAUUGGCUUGUGGACGAAUUGACUAUUCAAGACGAUCAUUCUUGUGGUCUUGAUACGAUGAAAUGGACAGAUGCCAUGGAGUUCUCGGCAUUGACAUCUUGUCUAGCCUCUACUCUUGAUCAUUUCUAUUCCAUCCGAGCCUGCACAUUUGCUCAAACACCGGGAAGUAUCGACAAUAUCGUAUCUGAGCUCCUCGAAGAAUUAGAUGCGAAGACCUCGAGAGAUACCGAGCCAAAAGACUCUGAAAGCAUCGAUUCAGUGUCUGGUGUUGUUCUAAAGCUUGGUCAAUAUUAUAUACGCCUACUUAUUCUGCGUGCCCGCAUUCACUCCACCGCGCCAGAAACCGGGACCCCAGUCCAAGAGAAGCAGUCACGGGCAAGCCUGAGAGAGGUUCUUGAAGAAUUCCAUGAUUUCGUGAAAACUCUCAGGAGCGACGAGACAGCGCAAUACUGGCAGCCAUGGUGCCAGAGUGCAUUCUCAUCGUUGUGCUUCGCUAUGCUGUUCAUGUUCGUGUCUUCACCUGACUUUGACGAGGCUUUCUCAUUUAUCAAGCUUCUUGAAAUGACCCGUAGGCAUAUGAGACUCAAAGCUAAUGCCUUCGUGGUUCUCCGGUUGGGGCUUUUGAGAACAGAUGCGAUAUUCUGGAGGGGCCUUGAUCAAAUUCUCAAGUUGGAGCCACAUGUUAAACUUGCUUUGGAAGCGUCCAAGGGGGGUAAUUAG